AUCCAAAGGAAAAAGGCCGGCUCGCCAUGGCCACCGGCCCAUUGGCGACACCACUCCUAAGAGCACGUGCGUUGCUUUCACUUUUUCCCGCCGCUUCUAUCUUUUCGGCGCGCAAGCUCAAGUGGGACUGCAGUACCCUUUCUCACCCGCUGUAUGUGCGCCUCUGCGAUGAACACAAGAGAGCUUGCUCUGAUCUCUGCGGCCACAGCCUUCGGCGCCCUGGCGUCCGCACUCGCGAUUUGUUUCUUCUCGAGCACUAAAAAGCGUUCUCUUCGAAUAGAUUCAUCCUCAAAUGGCGUAAUUGCUGCGAAAAGUUCGUCUCAGAGCCCUUUCGAUCCUACCAAGCGCAAACGGUACUUGUCAUGGGAUGACUAUUUCAUGGCCAUUGCAUUUCUAUCAGCUGAGCGAUCCAAGGAUCCUAACAGGCAGGUUGGUGCAUGCUUGGUGAGUCAAAAUGGUGUGAUACUCGGCAUUGGCUACAAUGGAUUCCCACGUGGUUGUUCAGAUGACAAGCUGCCUUGGGCAAAGAAAUCCAAAAAUGGGGAUCCUCUACAGACGAAGUAUCCUUAUGUUUGUCAUGCUGAAGUUAAUGCUAUCCUGAACACAAAUCACGCAUCUGCAGCAGGACAGAGGCUAUAUGUUACUAUGUUCCCUUGCAAUGAAUGCGCGAAGAUAAUUAUACAGUCGGGUGUUUCUGAGGUUAUCUAUUUUGUGGAGAAGAGAUUGAGUAAUUCAGACACUGCUUAUGUUGCUUCUCACAGGCUACUAUCAAUGGCUGGUGUAAAGGUCAGGAAACAUCAACCACAGAUGGAGCAGAUUUUAAUCAAGUUUGAGGAGCGCUAGAACUCUUGGACUUGUCAGCGAUGACUUCUAGGUAUUGGCUGGAGCAAGUGCCUUGGUUAACCAUUCACCACAAGAGCAGGGCUUCAAGUAAAACAAUGAUGAUGCUCUGGCGGUGUAACGAAUACAAAACUAAUCUCCUCACCAGGGGAUUUGUUAAAUAUUUUUUUUGAGUGUUGUGUAAGAUGUGUUGCCUUCCUGGCCAAGUUAUGCUUUGCUUAUACAGUCAACUUUUCCAUUAAAAAAAGGAGAUUGUACAACUGGUCUCACUAGGACUCUGUAUUGCAAAUUGCACGUUGCAUGCUGUGGGCGUUUGGACUCAAAAUUAUUUGUUUGGUUCCAGAAA